AUGGUGAUGGCUUACGUGGGAGCCGUAGCGAGGUUGCCGUGUUCGGUCUGUGCGCCGCCAGACGAGAGACAUAUUCUUGUAUGGAUGUAUGCUGAGUUGCUCCCAGUUAAUAAAACAUUCAAGCCUUUACAACAUAACGCGCGGGCUGUGUUGGAACACAACCACUUGCAAAUAUACAACGUCAAGAUCGAAGACGCUGGCAUGUACCGGUGUCAGAUCGGAGACAGCAAUAGCCUGGCUGUAUUGGAGGUAGUAGACACGGACGAGAAAUAUUCUGUUGUGAAACCGUCUACUUCCCGAGGACCUUACGAAUCCCCCCCAUACAGUCUAAGUUACGAUCUGAUGAUGUUCACGUCAUGGUCACCGUGGAGCGAAUGCAGCGUCUGCGGGAAGGUCGGCAGGCGGCGUCGGUACGGAAUUUGCUUUCUCAAACUAGACAACAGAGAGAGGGCAAGAAGAACCAACGACAACUACAACACUGAAGAAAACAGCAAUAUAAGUUUGGACAACAAUGCGAUACAGCUAUUUGAAACAUUCCCUGAGGGGAUACCAUGCCGGUCUCGUUUUUUGCCGUCAAGCUUGAGAGAGGUGGCUGCCAUUCAACAAAGGACAAGCGAAAUAAUGAUAGCUUUAUGCAAGGUUUGGUAUUUCUAUAUGAUCACCACAGUAGCACUCAUGCCUAACUUCACGCAAACACGUAUGGGUAACAUAAUAUUUGACUGGUUCAGAGGGGUGACUUGUGAAGCAAUCAUAUUCAAGGUGAGAUCAACCAAGGGGAUUGUACUGGAGACGGCCAACAACACAGCUGGUAUAUAUUCCCUACAUCAAGUACUUCCGAAGCAACCCCCUCUGCCUGCCAGAGACACUAUAUUCGCUAGUUUUGGAGAUCAUAUCACUAUACAUUGUCCUGGAACAACACUAGCUGACGUACCAAUAACAUGGCGUUUUGGCACUAAGGCGGUGGUGCCGAGAGACAUAGACAAAGCUAGUGGUGGCAGAAUGUACAUCAAUUCUAGAGACCAAUUGGUGAUCACCAAAGUGUUGUAUAGAGAUGCAAAUGUAUAUAGCUGCUGGCAGCGCGCGGCGCAGUCGGGCGCGGUGGCGCUGCACGUGCGGCGCGGGGCGGCGCGCGUCUCGUCCCGCGCCCGCGCCCUGCUGCUGGCGCUCGUCGCGCUCGCCGCCGCGCUACUGGCGCUCGCGCACCACCUCGGGCACCGACCGCCCCCUACCGCCUACGCGGUGGCCUAA